GCGGGGCAGCUGGAGCCGAGCGAGCGCGUCACGGGAGCGAAGGGACGCUGCACAGCCCUAUAGGCGGAGGCGCUCUGGCUCCAGCGGGAGCAGAGCUAUAAAAGUGCUGCGAGAAUCGGGCGAGCGCCACCGAGGACCUAGGACCGAGGUGGGUGGCAAUAGGCACAGCCAGGGUCCCUUGGCGUUCCGGAGUUUUCUCUGCGGUCCCGACCCUCAGGAGGAUCUCAGUUGCCUCCGGACCUGGCGCGGUCCAGGUUCUCUUUGGAGGUCGGGGCUCCCUGUGUGCUCCGUGCCCCUCGAGCCCAGGUUCCCUCCGUGGUGCGGACCCCUCUAGCUCGGUGCGCUCAGCGCCCCGCACCCAGCCUCCGUGCACGGAGCCCGGCAGGGAGUCCGACCCUUGUGCUCAGAGCUGCAGUGCCUGGACAUGACGGUCCCUCCUGUCCUGCUUCUCUUUCUUCUGUCCUCGGUGCGAGCCACUGAUCAACCGCAGGUCGUCCCUGAGCAUCCCAGCAUGGAGGCAGCCCUGACGGGGCCCAACGCCUCCUCCUCCUCGCACUUCUGGGCCAACUAUACUUUCUCUGACUGGCAGAACUUCGUGGGCAGGAGACGCUAUGGGGCCGAGUCCCAGAACCCCACGGUGAAAGCCCUGCUCAUCGUGGCCUACUCCUUCAUCAUCAUCUUCUCGCUCUUCGGCAACGUACUGGUCUGUCAUGUCAUCUUCAAGAACCAGCGCAUGCACUCGGCCACCAGCCUCUUCAUUGUCAACCUGGCAGUGGCGGACAUCAUGAUCACCUUACUCAACACGCCUUUCACCUUGGUCCGCUUCGUGAACAGCACAUGGGUGUUCGGGAAGGGCAUGUGUCACGUCAGUCGCUUUGCCCAGUACUGUUCUCUGCACGUCUCAGCACUGACUCUGACAGCUAUUGCUGUGGACCGUCACCAGGUCAUUAUGCAUCCCUUGAAGCCUCGGAUCUCCAUCACCAAGGGUGUCAUCUAUAUUGCUGUCAUAUGGGUCAUGGCUACCUUCUUCUCUCUGCCACAUGCCAUCUGCCAGAAACUGUUUACCUUCAAGUACAGUGAGGACAUUGUGCGCUCCCUCUGCCUGCCGGACUUCCCAGAGCCGGCUGACCUCUUCUGGAAGUACCUGGACCUGGCCACCUUCAUCCUGCUCUACCUUCUUCCGCUCUUCAUCAUCUCAGUGGCCUAUGCCCGUGUGGCCAAGAAGCUGUGGCUCUGUAACACCAUCGGCGACGUGACCACAGAGCAGUACCUUGCCCUGCGUCGCAAGAAGAAGACCACGGUGAAGAUGCUGGUGCUUGUGGUGGUCCUCUUUGCCCUCUGCUGGUUCCCACUCAACUGCUACGUCCUCCUCCUGUCCAGCAAGGCCAUCCACACCAACAACGCCCUCUACUUCGCCUUCCACUGGUUUGCCAUGAGCAGUACUUGCUAUAACCCUUUCAUCUACUGCUGGCUCAAUGAGAACUUUAGGGUUGAGCUCAAGGCCUUGCUGAGCAUGUGCCAAAGGCCGCCCAAGCCUCAGGAAGACAGGCUGCCCUCCCCAGUUCCUUCCUUCAGGGUGGCCUGGACAGAGAAGAGGCCGGGCCAGAGGGCUCCACUAGCUAACCACCACCUGCCCUCCUCCCAGGUCCAGUCUGGGAAGACAGAUCUGUCUUCGGUGGAACCCAUCGUGGCCGUGAGUUAGGGAAAGCUGGAAGCAGUGGGGGAGGGGUCUGUCCUCUCACAACUGACCAGUCACUCAGAGUCGGAAAGUUCCACAGAAGCAGCGAGAUGCCUGGGUUCCUAGGAACCUGUCCAGCCCCAUCUGAUUUGCAAACCUUCUAGAAGAUGCCAUGAGGCAUUGUGUGGUGUUGUGUGUAGGUCUGUGAGCAAGCGCUCUGGAAGCCACCUCAGCUCCAACCGAGGCUGGCUCAGUCAACCACCUCCAUUUGUCUAGCAUCUGUCACCUCGCCCUUCCUACUGCUUAGCACCCACAGGGGAAUCUGAGUCACACUGUUGGUGGGCCUGACCAAUGUGCUCAGAGAAGAACUUCACUAGCCUGGGAGGACAGGCACAAAGGCUGUCUGAAGUCAUUGGAACAAGAGUAAUCACACAGUUUCAAUGGCUUUGGCUCUAUCCAUGACCAGAUAGGACCCAUUUUGGUUUCUUAAAAAUAAAGAGAAAUUAGUAUUGCCAUUUUGAAAAGUUCAGAAAAGUAAAGAAAUGAAUUCAGCCCAUCAGUUUGUAAAAAAAAAAAGCCUAUUACUAUGCUGUGAAUUUAUCUGCCUUCUCUCUCUCUCUGUAUAUAUAUAUAUAUAUAUAUAUAUAUAUAUAUAUAUAUAUAUAUACAUACUUCUAAAAUCCUGAACUGCACGUGUCCAUUUAGACUGUAAUAAUUAGCAAGAAACUGGAAUAUAUCGGAGUACUGUUGAAUUCCUCCAUGAUGAAUAGGGUCCCUCAGCAGAUGAACAAAAAGAGAAGAGAGGAGAAGAGAGGAGAGGAGAGAGGAGAGGAGGAGAGGAGAGGGGAGGGGAGGGGAGGAGAGGAGAGGAGAGCAAGGUGAGGGUUUACUGUGUCUUGUAACAUGCGAUGGGUGGGGCCUGGCCCUCUCCUGGGGGUUACCAUCAAGAUGAGCAGUACACAGAGAGCUGGGAGGCAGGAUCCCUCCCCUGGCCCCCAGAAACAAGAAGGUGUGAAUCACUGUUCUUUUUUAAUGGGCAAUGAGAGACCUGCUUUCCAAUAAGCUGGAAAUAAUUGUGCUUAGGCCCCUCAUCUGCCCGAGCUGUCUAGACAGGGCAUUUUUCUAUGUCGUCUGAAUGAUGAAAAAAAAUUUUUUUCUCACCAGUUCCUGAGAGAAGAUUUCCCUGUCUACAUCACUUGAGAAAUUCAUGUGUCAUUUUUUUUCAAAACUUAUCAGCUUCUUAAAGCAACUUUAAUCCUUUAGGGCCCCUUUGUCGGAGAAAUCUCAUUCCAGGUAGCCAGCAAUUUCAUCUUCUGCCAUAUGGUCCUGAUGACUCUCAGUGUCACCCACUGACAGAUGUGUCAGGCAGAGCUGACUCGACUCCCCAUGCCCAGAGUGGUGGCUGCUGCUGUGCUAACUUCUGAUUUCCAUCUCCUCACAGAGCUGUCAUGGAGACAAAGCAUCCUUGGGGUGCUGAGAGGGAAACUGAGGCUUGAGGGAGGAGAGGCUCAUCCAAGAUUCAUUUAGAACUCUCAGUUGCUAACUGAAGCACAAUUUGGUCAAGCCUGAUUCCCUGUAACAAACUCAUGGGGUUUCUUAAACUACUCAAUCCUUGGGAGUGUUAGAAAAUUUCCAAAUUAAAAAAAAAAGUCAUCUACAGAACAGAAUUUUAAAGAAAAAUGUCUUGGAGAGGGUAGAAGGAAAUUUCCAAAUAUAAAGUGAGUUUUUGAGGCCACAGUUUCUGCAUCUGUCCUGAUCUCUGUAAUGUCAGCUGAUGCCUGUGAGUUGCAUUUUUCCUGUGGCCAAGGAGAGUCAGGGUACCAGCCAGAGGACAGGUAGCAGCAACAUACAGUGUGUCUUCCCCAGGGAAUUGUGGGAAGAGCUUCCGCCUCCCUGAGGGCGUCCUGUCACAGAGUCAGCCCUCAGGUCUGCAUCUCCGCUUGGUCCCUGUCUGGUCCCUCUCCCAUAUUUCCUGUAUACUCUGAGCAGAUGUAACUGCUAACAGUGACCGUGGUCUUUGCGAAGCCUGAGUUUUUCCAAUGUGCUGUAAAGUGUGCUGUGUUGUAAGUCACUGUAGGCGCAAUAAAACCCCUCCCCUGUG